ACGAAAGGCCACGUCUUGGAUUCAUGGCCGCGCGUUGAUGGGAGGACUGAUCUAUAUCAAUCUCUCUAUCCCUUCUAGUUGAGGAGAGGGAUUUGGAUUCGCUGCUCGCAUGGCUGAGACUUUGGUUUCCAGGUCGGGUUGGGAGGCAUUCGAUGUGGAGGAGUUUCAACUGGUGGACGGGGAGGAGAAUGGGCAGGGAGCGAUGGCUUUUGAUCUUGUGCGCACUGGGAACCGGUCGUUUAGGAUGCGGCGUUUUGAGGAUGCAAUCACAUGUUACUCAAAAGCACAUCUUCUAAAACCAGGAGAUCCUGUCAUUCUGAGCAAUCGAAGUGCUGCUUUUUGCAGGAUUAGCCAGGUUCUUAGAGAUCGAACUGCAUCAGAAUCUGAAUAUCAACCGCUAAAUGGUCUAGAUCCUACGACACAUGCUGAGCUUGCUCUUAAGGAUGCUGAAAAAUUGAUAAGCUUGGGGGCAGGUGUACCUAAAUCAUAUUUUCUGAAGGCCGGUGCUUUAAUUCUGUUGGAGCGGUAUGAAGAAGCACAUGAAACACUUCUUUUAGGACUUCAAGUUGAUCCUUUUUGCCAUCUUCUCCAAGCCUGCCUCCAGGAUUUGGAAAGGAUCACAGCUGGUUCGGCCAAAAGGGCAAAAUAUUGGAAACCACAGCGUACUGAUGACUUUGAAUGUACACUAUGCUUAAAGUUGUUGUAUGAACCAGUUACCACUCCUUGUGGCCAUUCUUUAUGCCGCACUUGUUUGCUUCAGUCUAUGGACCAUGGUAAUAAGUGCCCAAUGUGUCGGACUGUUCUAUUCAUCAGUCCUAGAACAUAUCCUAUUAGUGUGACGUUGAACAACAUUAUACAGAAAAAUUUUCCAGAGGAGUAUGCUGAGAGGAAAUCUGAGCAAGAAAGUUUGACUUAUUUGGGUGUUGAUUUGAUGCCUCUGUUUGUCAUGGAUGUUGUUCUACCUUGCCAAAAGUUGUCACUUAAUAUAUUUGAACCUCGAUACAGACUGAUGGUGAGGAGAAUAAUGGAAGGAAAUCAUCGGAUGGGAAUGGUCGGUAUCGACUCUUCAACAGGUUCAAUUGCAGAUUAUGCUUGUGAAGUGGAAAUUUCUGAGUGUGAGCCACUUCCAGAUGGACGAUUCUAUUUGGAGGUAGAAGGUUGCCGCCGUUUUCAUACUUUGCGAUCUUGGGAUCAAGAUGGGUAUCGUGUUGCAGAGGUAGAGUGGGUUCAGGAUAUUCAACCAUCAGGGGGGACUCAAGAAAAAGAGGAUUUGCAACAAUUGGCUCGCUCAGCAGCUGACUUGGCCCAAUCUUGGAUAAGGCGUGCAAGAGAAGCUGCAAGAAUUGGUAGGAGGUCAAGACAUCUGGAACUCCUUCAAGCUGAGGGGAUGCCUGGACCUCAGGAUCCUGAGCGAUUCAGCUUUUGGCUCAUCAACUUAUUAAACUUGAGGCCAGCGGAGAGGCUGGAACUGCUAUCUUUGAGAGACACUCGAGAGAGAAUAUCUCGUGGGCUAGUAUUUCUAAGAGCUGAAGAAGAAAGUUGCAGAGUCCAAUGACAAGGCAAAUACUCUUUUACUUAUCUUUAUACCCCCCAGUGUUCAGAUAUACAGCUGUAUUCAUUCCUUAUUGUUGGUGAAGAAUAUGUUCUUUCUAUCCAGCUAACAAGAUUGCCCAAUCGUGGUUCUGUGUCAUCUCUAAUUGUAAGAACAAUUUGAAAUGCCCAAAAUUACAUUAAUAAAAUCAUAUAUGUUUCUAUAGUUGGAUGAA